GCCCACCCCGUUACACACAGCAUGUAAACAGAGCCCGCCGGGAAGAGCCCCGGGACCGGAGGGAAGCUGCACCGCCCGUCCCGGCUGCCUGGCCGACAGCCUGCGGCGCGAGGAGGCUGAGGCAGCGGCGGGCGCGGCGGGCCAGGAUGGAUUUCCAGCAGCUGGCUGACGUUGCGGAGAAAUGGUGUUCCAAUACGCCCUUCGAGCUCAUCGCCACGGAGGAGACCGAGCGCAGGAUGGAUUUCUACGCCGACCCCGGCGUCUCCUUCUACGUUCUGUGUCCGGACAACGACUGCGGAGACAAUUUUCACGUGUGGAGUGAGAGCGAGGAUUGCCUGCCUUUCUUGCAGCUAGCACAGGAUUACAUCUCUUCCUGCGGCAAGAAGACGCUCCAGGAAGUCUUGGAAAAAGUCUUCAAGUCUUUCAGACCUUUACUGGGGCUUCCGGAUGCAGAUGACGACGCAUUAGAAGAGUACAGUGCAGACGUGGAAGAGGAGGAACCAGAGGCAGACCACCCCCAAAUGGGUGUCAGUCAGCAGUAAACUUGCCAGGGCUCCCAUCUGAGAAGGAAAGUGAGCCCCAUGGUACCCAAGGUGGGGUUGCGUGCUCCUGGGUUAGCAUUUUGCAUUAGUACUUCGAAACAGGACGUUUGACACCCAGCAUCCAAAUUAAAAUGAAAUACCUUUUUAACAACCACAAAAUAUCUGGGAUGAGCUUUGCUCAGAAGUGACCUGAAUUUUACUCCCAUUUCAGUGGGUUUCUAUGGAGUUGUCUCGGUAGCCUUGGCCAUUUUGAAUUUAGAGUCCAUUUUGUGGCUGACCAUUCUCUCUUGAGUUUGUGUUGGAGAAGUAACAUUCACUGACUCGGAUGUAGGGAACUCUGAAUGUAUUAAGGAUGUGUGUUGAGUCCUCACAGGUGACAUUAUUGAGGGGAAGCAUGGCAGAAAAGAAAUGCAGUCUGCACUUUUUAUGUACCUUGUAAGUGUCGUAAGUGAAAGGUUUUGCUUAUAAAGCAUGAGUUGUAAUAUCUAGUCAUUAAACUGCACAAGUGCAAAUACGAGGGCGGAAAAGGAUAAUCACUUAGCUUUGGGUGAAGAGGGUAAGAGAGGCAAAGAAGCCUUGGUUAAGUAUGCUGCCAUCACUGAGUGACCCAGAUAUGGCAACUGGUUCAUGGGUAGGUAUAAACAUACUUGCAUGUUCAGUUAUUUUAAAACAUGCUAAUUUCAAAGACACUUUUAAAGUCGAAGAGUGGAAAAUAUAAGUGGGGUGACAUAAGCUGUCGAUUUCUUUAAAAUGUUUAUAAACCGUCCCAUUUGUGAAAGGAAACAUUUACCUUCUCUCUUUAUAAUGAGAUGGCGACUUGUUCAAUCAUGAAAACAUCCAGAAUCCAAGUGCCACUUCAACUUUGAAGCCAUAGAUAAAUUUAAUGGGAAAAUAAACCAGGAUAAAAAAAAUUUUUUUUUUAAAUAUGAUGGAAUCCUUCUUCACUUUCUUAGUCUGUCUUUUAUUCUUAAAAAAAAAAAGUCAAGAAAAGGAUCCUACUGUACAAUUUAUGAAAAAAUUAUAAUCAAGUGCUUCGAGGAACCUAAUUGCAGUGAAUUUUUAAAGUGAUAUGAAAGUGGGAAUCUUUUCAUCGUGGGUUAGCUUGGUUCAAAGGACACAUUUUAAUGAUCAAAAGACUCAGACAACUCGCAGGAACAGCUGUUAUCAUCAUUUAGCCAACAAAUACUUACGGGGAAAAUCCUUUGUAACACUAACAUGGACUUAUUUAAAACAUUCAUUUUCUUGGACGAUUCUGCGUUUCUGGUUCUAAGGACCGAAUGCCUCUUCUACACCCCUUGACUAAACGUAGCCUCUCUGGUAGGAAUGUUUUUAACAUGUGGGCCUGUUAGGUUGUCAAAGUUUGGGAUUUAAAAAAAAAAAAA